GUCUCUCCUGCCUCAGGAAUGUUUUCCAAAAAAACUCAUGGGGACGUUAAAAAAUCAACACAGAAAGUGUUGGACCCAAAGAAGGACGUUUUGACCAGGCUCAAGCAUCUUAGAAUAGUCAUAGAAAACUCAGAGGCUCCUGACCUGAAGCAGUUCUUUGACCUCUACUAUUCUCAUAUCUACUAUGUCUUCUUUGAAAACUUUGUCACCAUUGAGGUCAGCCUCAAGCAGAAAGUUCAUAAAUCUCAGAGGGAGGAGCUGGACUCAAUCCUCUUCAUCUUUGAGAAAAUCCUCCAGCUUCUGCCAGAGAGGAUCCAGAGGCGAUGGCAGUUUCACAGCAUUGGGUUAAUUCUCAAGAAGUUGUUGCACACUGGAAACUCCUUAAAGAUCCGUCGUGAAGGCGUGCGCUUGUUUUUGUUGUGGAUGCAGGCUCUGCAGAGCAACGCGGAGCUCGAGCAGCUCUGCAUGUUCGCAUGUUUGAUUCCUGGUUUUCCUGCUCCCGUUUGUCACGGGUCCCCACGAACGCUGGACACUCUGAUCAACCCGCCGCUGAGCCUGACUGAGACUCAAGUAACUCCUGAAGAAAUUACACCGUUGGUUGCUCCCCAGUCAGGAGACAAAAACCAGGAAGAUCUCACUGCCUACUUUCUGGAAGCUCUGCUGAAAUACAUGGCAAAGUCUCUAGAGUGGCGGUGUAAAGAGAACCAUGAACGUGGCUUCAGCUUCCUCUUUGGCCACUUUAGGAAGUUUUACCUUCCUCACAUAUUUCCCAACUUCGCCAUGGAAACAAGCCUUUACAACCCUAUUUUAGAUGUCCCUCAGAUGCGUCCUAAACCGUACUACAGCAUGUUGCGCAGAGAGCAGGAUGGCGGUGAAGCUCAGUACUGCACCAAAGAGAGUUUCCUUCAGGCCCGAGUCAUUUUUGUCCGCUGGCUGGUUUCGUUCUGGUUGGAACCACGUCCCAACACACAAACGCAAAUCCCGGGAACUGAAGGAGAAAACGUUCCAAAAAACAUACAGCGAGCAGCAGCUGGACUGGCUUCUCGCGGUAGCUCCAUAGGGCCUGCAGGAGGUAGCCUGGGGGCCUCUGGGGGUCCAGGGAUGGAACCUGAACAAAGCCACUCCAACACUUCCACGCUGACGGAGAGAGAACCCAGCUCCUCCUCGCUGUGCUCCAUGGAUGAAGAGCAGCUGACCGACAUGGAGGUGGUGAGGAGGGUCCUGACCAACUCCAGAACCAACGUCAACUUCAUCAUAGAGAUCUUCAGACAGGCGUUUCUUCUUCCGAUGUGUGAGGCAGCUGCGAUGCGAAAAGUGGUCCGUGUUUACCAGGAGUGGAUCUCCAUGGAGGACAAGCCCGUGUUCAUGAAGGAUCCUGAUGAAGGGCCCUAUCCUGUCCCUGCUGCUACCAGCCUGGAUUCAGGCUCUCAGCUUGGAGACAAAGAAGAUGAGGGAAUGAACAAAGAGAUGGACAGUGAAAUGCUGGAAUACAGUGUUCAUGCUGGAGCCCAAACAACACUACAAGUAUUUAUCACUCAUUCUGCCAACGUUUUCCUGCUGGAACCUGCUAAUGACAUCAAAAUCCUUUUGGAGGAGCAUGUUGACAUGUGCAAGCGAGUCCUGAACAUCUACCGCAGCCUCGUCAUGCACGAAACCAUGGACCAGAAAACAUGGGAGCAGAUCUUAUUAGUUCUGCUGAGGGUGACAGAGUCUGUUAUGAAAAGACCUCCGUCCAUCAUGCCUCAAGGCAAGAAGAGCAAUACACUGUCAGGCAGGCUGGCAGGGCCCAUCUUUCAGACUUUGAUAGUUGCCUGGAUUAAGGGGAACUUGAACGUUUACAUCAGCAGAGAACUGUGGGACGACCUCCUCUCUGUCCUCUCCUCCCUGACCUGCUGGGAGGAGUUGGUGACUGAGUGGUCACUCACCAUGGAGACCCUCACAAAGGUGUUGGCAAGGAAUUUGUACAGUGUUGAUCUGAAUGAGCUCCCUCUGGACAAACUCAGUGAACAAAAACAGAAGAAGCACAAAGGAAAGGCUUUUGGUACAGAGAAUCAGCGACAGGUUGUGGACCGCUCCUUUUCUCGAGGUUGGAGCAGAGACCAACCGGGUCAGGCAGCAGCCAUGAGGCAGCGAAGCGCCACCACUGCUGGCUCACCGGGCAUUGAAAAAGCAAGAAGUAUUGUACGUCAGAAGACUGUAGACCUUGAGGACCCGCCCAUCACGCUGACGUCCCGCACCACUCGAAUGCGCCACGCUUCCCAGAGCGACGAGGCCCCUCCCACCUCCUGUUCUGAGGUCUUCCAGGGAGGGUCUUGCGACCUGGACACCCCAGGCGUUUCCUCCCUCGCCAGGAGCAGCAGUGCCUCUGACAUCAUGGAGCCCUUCAUCGCAGAGCGGGUCAAAGCCAACAAAGAAGAGGUGGUUCAGAAGGCUCGCCCAGUUUCCAGUGACGUUGGAAGCAGCAACCCAAACUUCUCUGACCUCAUGGAUGAGUUCAUUCAGGAGAGGCUGAGAUCCAAAGGGACAGUGGGCCGUCGAGGCAGCAGCCCCAUAAGUCUGGAGGUUCCCAGAGACCUGCCAGAGCUCCUGGAGACCGGUCCGGGGUCACGGCCCGGUGACGACCAUCGACCUGCUGAUGAUGGAGUACCCUCUGAGUGGACGUCACCCGCCAGCGCGAGCGGUUCUGAUGUUGUCAGCUCCGACAGCCAAUCAGACUCCUUUAAUGCCUUUCAGUACUCAGCCUGCAAAUUUGACAAUUUUGCCUUUAGUUCAGAUACGUGUGGAGGAGGAGUUGGGUCUGGAGGUGGUGGGCGAGGCAGCUCAAUGGACCAGGAUAGUCUGGGUGGAGGUUUGGCUUCUGACGAACACGAAGUAGCCAGUUUGACGACACUUCACAUCGACUCUGAGACCAGCAGCCUCAGCCACACGGUCACUGUUACUGGUUCUGAAAGUGCCUCACCUAUGCAUUCCCUUGGGGGCUCCCGUUCCCAGACACCCUCCCCUGCCACGCUUACCGCCGAGCACACUGAUCACACACACUCCCAUUCGCACACACACUUGCAGCUGGACCAGAAACUCCACAACUCUGUCCUGCAGACCCCUGAAGAUCUGGAAACAAGCGAGUUCCCCACUGAGGACUGCAGUGUGAUGGCAGGCGGCUCUCUAACUGGAUGGCAUGCAGAUGUUGCCACAGUUAUGUGGAGGAGGAUGCUGGGUAUCUUGGGAGAUGUUAAUGGCAUCAAGGACCCAGAAAUCCACGCUCAGGUCUUUGACUAUUUGUGUGAACUGUGGCAAAACCUGGCCAAGAUUAGAGAUAAUUUGGGCAUUUCUCUGGACAACCAGUCGUCUCCCCCACCACCUGUUCUGAUCCCUCCUCUCAGAAUCCUCACCCCUUGGCUCUUUAAGGCCACCAUGUUGACGGAGCGUUAUAAGCAGGGGAAGCUUCAUGCCUACAAACUCAUCUGCAGGAUCAUGAAGAGACGGCAAGACGUUUCCCCAAACACAGACUUCCUCACACACUUCUACAACAUCAUGCACCAAGGACUGCUGCACCAAGACCAGGACAUUGUGAACACCAUCAUCAAGCACUGCAGUCCGAGGUUCUUCAGUAUUGGUCUACCUGGUGCCACCAUGUUGAUCGUGGAUUUUAUCAUUGCAGCUUCUAGAGUCACGGCCUGUUCGUCUCUUAAUGCUCCAAGAGUGGAGGCCCAGAUCCUUCUCGGAUCUCUGGUGUGCUUUUCCAACUUUUAUGAGGACCUUGCUGCUCUCCAUCCGACCACAGCUGACGUGGUUCUAACAAAGUUCCCUGAUGUCAAGGAGCACAUAAUCAAAACCAUCUUGACCUCUGCCAGGGAUGAACCCUCUGCUCCUGCUAGGUGUGUUGCCUUGUGCAGUCUGGGUAUAUGGCUGUGUGAGGAGUUGGUUCAUGGGACUGAACAUCCUCAGAUUAAAGUUGCUCUCAAUGUCAUCUGUGUUACCCUGAAGUAUCCUAAUAAGAACGUAGCUCUGGCGGCAUCAGACAUCCUUCACCUUUUGAUCAGCUACGUGGAUCAUCUUCACAAAUUUCCCCCUGAAACUCCAAAGAAGAUUGUAGAGAUUCUGAUCGCCACCAUUACACACUUGUUGCCGAGUACAGAGUCCUCUCCUCAUGAACUGGAUAAAAGGCUUGUAGUUUCCCUUUUGUUGUGUUUGUUGGACUGGGUGAUGGCUCUUCCUCCAACGACUCUCCUCCAACCCGUACAAACACGAAGUCCACCUGAGAGGGAUCAACCCACCAAAACAUUACUCAGCUGUAUUUACAAGGUACUUCAUGGUUGUGUGUAUGGAGCACAGUCUUUCAGCAGUCCCAAGUAUUUCCCACUGCAGCUGUCAGACCUGUCAAGUCCAGAUUACGACCCGUUCCUGCCAUUAGAGUGCCUCAGAGAACCAGAGCCUCUGCACAGUCCGGACUCUGAGCGCUCCAGCAAACUGCAGCCUGUCACCGAAGUUCGCAGCCGUAUUCAGCAAGGCCUCGUUUCUAUAGCAGCCAGAACAGUCAUCACCCAUCUGGUUAAUCAUCUGGGACACUAUCCCAUGUCUGGGGGGCCUGCGACUCUGUCCAGUCAGGUGUGUGAAAACCAAGACAACCCUUUCUGCGAGAGUGCAGAUCUCGGCCCAGAACUUUUCAAUUCACCCAACGUGCAGUUUUUAGUUCUGAACGGCGCCACGCUGCUGUCCGUGCUUCAGAUCGGAUCAGAAUCCGGUGUACCAGGAGGUGGAAUGACAGCUGGAUUGUCUUCUGCACCUGCUUGUGUUCGUGUCAUCAUUCGAGAUGUUGCUGGAAAGCACUCCUGGGACUCGGCCGUCCUCUACGGGCCUCCACCGUGCUCUCCGAGCAGUCCAGCGCACACGCUUUUUGCACAGACACAGUCGCCACACGGUGCUAACUUUCAGCUCCACAACCCACUGGGAGGUCCGCCGAAGAAGAUGGAACUGAAGGAAGAAGGCAGCGAGGGAGAUGAGCAGGAGGAGGAGGGAGAAAAAGGAAUGGAGAGUGACGGACAGGAGUUUCAGUUAGAAGGGGAGCUGCAAGGAGAGGAGAGGAAGAUCGGUGAUGAGGAGAAGGCAGAGCCAGGAGGAGAUGGUGAGGAAGAAGAAGAAGAAGAGGAAGAAGAAGAAGAGAGGGGGCAGGAGGAGGCGAUGAGAGAGCAGCUAAGUGAUGGGGAGUCAGGCUCAGAGCAGCUUCUAGCGCCACCGCUGGCUAAACGUGUGUGUCGCGAGGCAGUGCCGGCAUGGGAUUCGCUGAAAGAAGGAGAUGAUGCUUUGGAUGAAAUGCUGCAGUACCUGGGAUACUCCAGUCCUGAGUGUCUGCAGAGAACAGGCAUGCCGCUCAACAUCCCGGCUCCUCCUCCAACGUGUGUUUCAGAGAAGCAGGAGAACGAUGUGAUCAACGCCAUCCUGAAACAGAGCGCUGCAGAGCGAGAGUUCGUCCUUCAUAGAGGUGAGGAGCUGAACAUGCGGGCAGUGCAGCAGGCUGAACCAGAGACUGAGACCCCACAGUCUGCCUUCUACUACUGCAGGCUGCUCAUCAACAUUCUGGGCCUCAACUCCUGGGAGAAGAGGAGUAACUUUCAUUUGCUGAGGAAGAAUGAGAAAUUACUAAGGGAGCUGAAGAAUUUGGACUCUCGGCAGUGCCGUGAGACUCAUAAAAUAGCAGUAUUUUACGUGGCUGAAGGUCAAGAGGAUAAACACUCCAUAUUAACAAACACAACAGGCAGCCAGCCUUACGAGGACUUUGUUUCAGGACUCGGCUGGGAGGUGGACCUCACCACCCACUGUGGCUUCAUGGGAGGCCUUCAGAGAAAUCGCAGCACGGGUCAGACGACGCCUUACUACGCCACCUCCACCACUGAGGUCAUCUACCACGUGUCAACACGCAUGCCUCAUGAUCAGGACCAAAACCUCACUAAGAAGCUCCGACACCUGGGCAACGACGAAGUCCACAUCAUUUGGUCAGAACAUUCCAGAGACUACCGACGGGGAAUCAUCCCCACUGAAUUUGGAGAUGUGUUGAUCAUCAUUUACCCCAUAAAGAACCACAUGUAUUCCAUCCAAAUACUCAAAAAGCCAGAGGUGCCAUUCUUUGGUCCUCUAUUUGAUGGUGCUAUUGUGGAUAUGAAGAUUUUGCCCACCAUGGUUCGAGCCACAGCGAUCAACGCAAGCCGGGCCCUCAAGUCCCUCAUUCCUCUCUACCAGAACUUCUAUGAGGAGCGAGCCCGAUACGUCGAGACGAUCGUGCAGCACCACCAGGAGCCCACCACUUUUGAGGAUUACGCAGCUCGAGUCUACAGCCCCGCUCCUUACACUCACCUGCCCUCCGACACAGGCUCCUGCCUAGAGAUUCUUCGGGGAGAAAGUCCGGCUCUUGGGGAGGCCGGGAGCGACUCGCCGUCCCCCAUGUCUCCUCGGACUAGCAAGACCCGGAUGUCCAUGAAGCUGCGACGCUCCUCUGGAUCUGCCAACAAGACAUGAGCGCAGACGCAAACUCGAACUUCACCCGACCACGAAACUUUACUUCCUUUAAAAUAAUACACAUGAACGCUGGAGUUUUCUCAUGGCUGAACAGAAACAUCAGAGGAUGUUCUUCUUCCGGUUCUUCACACUUUUUUUUUUCCUGCACAAAACUCACACAUCUAAAAUAUACGUUUACGUCUGCAGCUUGGCUUCAAAUUAAACGUUGCAGCUGCCCAACGACCGAAACAGCACAGGAUUAGUUCAUAAACACUCUGUGCCAUAUGAGAAAGUGCACAAAUAUUAAUCCAACUUUUUUUUUUUUUUUUUUAGUGUGUUACAGUUUUAGAGGAUGUUUAGUGAGAUAAAACUUUGACAGACGCACAAGUUAAAUCGCUCACGCUUCAUUCAGAAACAAAUUUUAGAAAGAAAAAAAACGUGUAUUUAAAAAAAAAAAAAUGUUCACACAGUUUAAAAUAGGAAACGCUCCCAGUCUGAGCUGGACUGAACAUUAACUAACCCUUAUUCUGUGGGAAAAUCAUAAAAGUAUUGUUCAUCUUAAAAAUAAAACAAAGACUGAAACACUCCAAACCUCUUUAAAACACAUUCAAGAGGAGGCACUUAUUUAGCUUUUUAUUGUAAACUGUGGACAAGCACUGACGUUCAUUACCUUUAUUUUUAUUUUUUUGUUGUAAAUCGUGUUUUCACCAAACGAGACUAUAUGCUGUAUUUUUCUGUCCCACAAAGCAAGAAACCACAGCUUGUCGCUCUUCGUCCUUUUGUCUAUAAAUCUGUAUUCUGUAUAUCUAUACGUGUAUGAGUAUAAAUAUAUAUAUUAGAUACGUGGAUGUGUAUGAGAACAUGUACAUUGUGAGGAAGCUUGUGUAUAUAAGGGUGUGAGAGAAGCUGCCAAAGCCAAACUGUAGUUUAACCUCAAACCACGAGGAAAAUAAAGAAAAACAGGUCGACACUAUAAGAUUUUAAAAAGAACCCCCGAUCAGUUUGCACUUUAUUCACUUUUACAAACACGUCGUUACCAAGAACAAAUGAGAAGAAAUCUGAUCUGUGCCACAUUUCCUCACGAUAUUCGCUGCAGGUUGUAGACGUCUCAACGAGUGAGUUCUCGGGCGGUGGUUUUUCAGUUUGGCUCGUCACUGAAUGAGCCCCGGCAGUUUUCUGACCAACUCCGUUUUAGCCGUAACGCUGGGGUGGAAACGGCAACAAAAUGUGCUGCAAACCAACAGCAAAAAAAUAAAUAAAGAAGAGAAUCUCAGUUCAUCACUUCUUCUUUUUAUUAUCAACCAUUUAAGCUGCUCCUGUGUUUA